GCAGGAAGGGGAAGAAGCCACAGGCUGAGACCUAAGACCAUGAAGAGCCCUGCAGACAGACAGAAGCUCUACCAGGACUACAUCUCCCACUAUGAAGCCUGCAGCCACGAGGGCAGUGUCACCUUGUGUGAGGGCAGGGGGGACGCCCAGCUGGGGGACGUCUGCUGCCAGCUGAUCAGGCACAACUUGCAGAGCAGAGCCCAGGAGGGCAGGCUGGAGGUGCUGAAGCAGAUGAGGAAGGGGUUUGCAAUCCUGGAGCUUAUCUGUGUCAAUUUAUUUCUGUUCCCAUGGAGGAAAGAGAUCAGGACGCUAAAGAAAUUUACUGGAAAUUUUGUCUAUUAUGUUGAACCCGUGAUUCCAGAAGAUGCCAUCAGGCAGAUCCUCCAACGAGUAGGUUACUCUAUAGCAUCAGACACCGAAUAUACUAUUAGGGGCAAAAUAAACGGUGAAGAGGCCAAGCAGACCGCCUUCGAGUUGUACCUGUCUAGAAUUCAAUGCGAAAAGCUGCUUCGGCUCAUGGAUGAAGAUAGGUCCAUCUGUGUGAGUCUGCUGGUCAACAGGCCCGGCACUGAAGCAGACAAUGGAGGUGACCAUACUGGUCCUGCCGGUAAAAAUAUCAGCAAAACCACUGGUGUCCAUGAAAUUGAUGGAGCAAAUAGUUUAGAUUUCAAAAAUAACCUCACCAGUAGUAAUAAUGACACUACAUAUGCUGACCUGAACAUGACUGAGAUGAGCGGCCAAGAUGUCCUCUCUGAUACUUCCAAGAAGCACCAACCACGUUAUUACAUCAAUCACAUGGACAGCGAUGAGUUCCUUAACAACUACAGUGACCUCAACUUGGCCCAACAGCCAAUUUUCCCAUUACACAUCAAACAAAAGACCAAAGAGUGGACAGCGCUAGUCUCCGAAGAACCAAACUUUGCCAAAGAGUCCUUUGCAAGAGAAUCUGGAUCAUCCAAACUUGCUGGCAGAGACUUUGCUGAGAAGGUUAUUUGUAGCCAACAAGUUGACAACGUUGACAUAAGGACUUUCACGGAUAAUCUGGAACCCCCAAAAUCCCUUAUCUUUAAUGAACCUCCUGCCGAAGUCAUUGUGCCAGCUAAGCAAGAGCGCGUGGUGAUGAAACUGAAGAUGCAGAACGUGGCCGAAGACGCCUUGGCUUACCCAGUUGAGGAAACAUUACCACCAGAUUCGGCAAAGUUUUCCGACAGCAGCGAUUUGGCCAAAAAGGAGACAAAGUGGGCAUUCCUGAAGACUAAGGAGGGCACCGAGAGCUUCUCCAGCUCAAUGUCAAAGUCUUCUGAUUUCUCUAUGUUAAAUAUCUCCAAUAAGCCACCCAUGUGGACUUCAGGUGCAGAUCAUAGAGUCCGAGAGCCACCCAACUCCACAUACAUUCCUCCAAUGGCAGCCAAAAGUGAGCGCAUGAGAUUGACAAAUAUGAAACCAGAGGAUAAUCACUUCCAGGCCCCUUCUCCACCGGGAGAUACCCUCCUGGGUAAUGAGUUUAAAAUGCAUGAGGAUACCAAGGAGGACUAUGUGAUGAUCACUAGAAAAGAUAAUUUCCAAAACUGAGUUCCAUGAAAUUUUUGUUUUGAUCAUUUUGGGUUGAGAUGAUAAUUCAAAGACCUAGCGCUGAACUGCAAUUUAAAUAAGGUGUGGGACAUUCAGUCACCUCCUAGGUGGCGAUGUGUAGGUUAUUCUGUUGAUUACAAUAUGCCUUUAAAGAAAAACACCUGCAGAUGUGAUACCUAGUGCAUGGACUGAGGGGGUGGAGCAUGACUCAAGAGUUCAAAGUGCACCAGAAAGAGACUGUAUGUGUCAUGCUCCACCCUCUCAAGACCUGCAUUGAGUAUAACACACAGUUUUCAGGUUUGUCUGGACUGUUCCUUUAAAAUUUUAUUAGCAGGAACUUCUGGUAAGUAAAUAGAAUUUUUUUUUUUUAAUUUACUUUCCAUAUUUUAUAUGGAAAUUAUAUGUUUUCAUUUUAUUUCACAUGCAACUGUUCACUUUUUCAACUAAAAAAAAAUCACCUUAAAUGCCGCUCCACCGGUCGCCCUCU